AUGAAUUUGUGUUGGGUUACAUUAUUGAUGAAGCAUGUCGUCAUCUUUCCCCUUAGCACACUGACGUCCAAGAUCAUUUACACGUCGUGGGAUUUAGCUUACGAGGUUGGUGAAGAAGAAAGCAUUAACCGAGAGUUAAAUAACAACGGACCUCAGGUUGACGUUUCGUUACCGAUGGAAGAUACGGAAGGUGAUUUUUCCAAUUUUUACCGUGAGAUCAUCAGAACCGAAUCUGCUACAAACCAAGCAAACAAAGAGGUCAUCAAGUGCUAUUACAAGUUCAGGGAGGCUCUAUCGGAGCGACUAAUCCAUUAUGAAAGAUCUUAUCGACCGCGUGCGGCGGCUCAAAUUUUAGUUAAUAGGGAAACACGCAAACAACUUCCGAACGUUACCGAAGCGAAGAUCCACAAACUAUUUAGCAUUGGCGAGGAAUUGAUAUCACUUGUAUCAUUUACCGCAUCGGACCCAAAUUGGAGAAUAUAA